AUAACCUCUGUUCCUGAUCAAAUUCGGCCGAUUUUAUGUACAUCAAGGACACACUUUGGCUGCCCGUUCUAAAAAAUAAAUAUGCUUGGAUCUGAGACGGUGCUUCGUGGCAUCGUAAUCUUAACUGCCGUGGCUAAUUGGCACCUUGUUGGUGCCCAGUUCGAAUUCGCAAAGGACCAGAGAACCGAUAGGCAUUUUCCACCGUUUAUCUCCGAGCACCAUACGUCUGGUAAAGCCACUAGAAACACGAUUCCGUCUGGUCACCUGAGGCCGCUCGGUUAUCAAUCAAAAGCAAAAAGUCCAGCACGGGUCUAUAAGUCAUUUAACGUGACGGAAUUCGCAUCAAAGCACUUCAAGAAAACGCCUCAAACUCCCGCUGUUUAUCGGAAGCUAAUCAACGUUAGUGACGUUAACACAAUUACUGACGAUGUGAUGAAAAAAAGGUUCGGCUCGAUCCGAAUCCCUGUUUAUAAUGUUCACGAUUCGCCUCUGAGGUACAAGCCGAUGCGAAAGAAGUUGAGCAAGCUUCUAGAAAAGUUCCACUACGAGGAUUGGUUCAUGGACGCUACGUGCCCAGAUCAUAUGCGCACCCUGUUUAAAAUUCCUGCAUUUCUUACUUGCGCCAAGUCUACGAUAAAUUCGACAGCCGCGCCGCCGGUGAUACAAGAGGUGCGACUAUGGCUGAGUAGUGGGGAGACGGCAGCACCUCUACAAUAUAUUCCCGACCACCAGUUUCUCUGUCUGCUCAGUGGCAGAUGGGACGUCAUAUUUAUGGAGAACAGCCACAAAAGCAAAGUAGCGAUGAAAGAACCUGUUUACACUGUGAAAAGAGGGUAUACAGAAAUGAACAUAGAUAUGAUCAACGUGUUCACCUACAAAGAAGUCAAGGAUGUUCCGUGGACAUGGACGACCAUGCGCCCAGGCGACUGCGCAUUCAUUCCUGCAGGGCAUCUUUACCAUUUACGGGCAUUUGGCGAGCAAUGGGAGUCAACGCACUCCUUAAUCCGGCUUCAAACUUUAGCAGGACUGCGAGCAAAUUGUAACGCAACUACGUCACUCGAGAAGCUGCGAACAGUAUGGACAUACACGGAAGAAAGAAGAUGGCCGGUUCUGGAUGCCAGCGACAUGGCAACACAUUGCGCGCGACUGACCGCUCACCAGGUGGUGCUGGUGCUGGAUACCAUCAGCAAGGGCUACAUAGGCAAGGGGGAGGCAGAGACACUCAGCGAAGGUGCUCUCAAGUUUCUCGCUCUUCUGCUGCAUGCUAGUCGUCCCAAGCGUACCCACAAACAUGAGGAACUCUAA